CCUGGGAGAGAGGACGCUCAGCAUGUCGACUCAGAAAGUGAAGAACUUGGGCCCGGAGGGGUUUGAGGCUCAGUUCCGGUGCUGCAUCUGCCUGGACAUCUACAUCGACCCUGUGUCCAUCCCCUGUGCGCACAACUUCUGCCUGGACUGCAUUGAGGGAUUCUGGGAUACGAAGUCGAAGCCGGACUGUCCGCUGUGCAAACAGACGUUCCAAACCCGGCCCAAACUGAAGGUCAACCGGGAAUUUUCCAGCAUGAUCGAGUUCUUUAAAAAGUCACAUCUGCCGACACGAACGCAAGAGCAGGAUGUGGGGCAAGCGAGAAUCACGAACCGGCCCCCAGCAGUGGGAGACGUUCUCUGUGACGUCUGUAACGGCUCGCCGGCGGUCAGGUCGUGCACGGCGUGCCUCGCCUCUUACUGCAGCCUCCACCUAACGCCUCACCUGACCGACCCGGCCCUGCAGCGUCACCGGCUGACCGACCCGACCCCCUCUGCCUCUGGGCUGUGCAGGAACCACAACAAGCCCCUGACCAUGUUCUGCAGGCAAGACGACACAGCCGUGUGCGCAAAAUGCGUCGAGAGAGAACACAAACACCACAAGGUCGUUUCUCUGGAGAAGCAGAGCAGGAGGAUCAAGACCAAGCUGAGAGAAACGAAGGCCGACAUCGCGCAAAUGGUCAAGACUAGGCAAGGAAAAAUAGCAGAGAUCAAAAAAACCCUGGAUGUUGGAAAAAAAGCCACAGAGAGAGAGAUCUCGAGGAGUCGGCAGGUCUGCUCCAUGCUGAAAGGUGCCAUCGACAGGCAGCAGACCGUCCUCGUCCAGGAGCUGCUAGAGCGGCAGCGAGGAGCCGAGAAGAGAGCCGAGGAGCUCCUGGAGGAGCUGCAGGGAGAAAUCGACCAGCUGCAGGCCAGGAGCAGCGAGCUGCAGCGCCUGGAGCUCACCAAAGGCCCGCUGUACAUCCUGCAGAACUUCCAGUCUCUGAGAGGACUCCCACCCACCAGACAGAGGUCGGAGGUCGCAGUCUACUCCGACAGCUGCGUGGGCACGGUCAGGAGGGGCUUCACUAAGCUCUCCAACAUCAUUCAGGAACUCACAAACCAACUGUCAGCUGGUGAGGCUGAAACGAUGUGCCAGCAUGAAGUCAGUAUCACUUUCGAUUCUGAGACGGCGUCAGGCUGGUUGGUCGUGUCUCCAGAUGGGAAAACGGUGAGCUACCAGAAGAAGAAGGUACUGCGCCCAGACAAUCCUCGGCGUUUCGACUCCUGCGUCUGCGUUCUGGGGAAGCAAAGCUUCAAAUCUGGGAGAUGUUGCUGGGUUGUUCAGGUGGGAGAUAAAACCGACUGGGACCUCGGCGUGGCCCGCCGGUCCAUCAACAGGAAGGGAACCAUCAAGGUUCGCCCUGACAACGGUUACUGGGCGAUCUGCAGGAGGAAUGGCGGCAGCCUGAGCGCCUGCGCCGACCCCUUCGUCAGCCUCCACCUCCAUGACGUCCCCCGCAAAGUGUGCGUUUUCCUGGACUACGGGGAGGGCUUGGUGUCCUUCUUCAACGCCGAAGCAAGGACCCACAUUUACACCUUCAGCGGGUGCACGUUCACCGAGCCUCUGCAUCCAUACUUCAACCCCUGCGUGGAAAACAACGGGCGAAACGUGGCCCCGCUGGUUAUUUGUCCGCUAGAGGCAAGCGUCAUCAACGAACAGUACACGAUCAUUUAG